AUGCGACGCCUUGGGCCUCUCCUGCUGGCCAGCCUGGCCAGCACGGUCAACGCAGCCAACGUGUCACAUGGCGUGUGUCAAGACACGGUUGGAUGGACCAAUGGAUACACUGCUUGUAACAACUAUGUGCCGGUGGACCCUGAUUGCCACAAAGAUGGUGUGGUUUGCCACUUUUACAAGGCGCAUCCUAGCUUUUGCGCCAAGGGCAUGAACGACCCUUGGAUGAACUGCUGCACCUGUGGCGGAGGCUCGGACUUCAAUGGGCAACGUCCCACCACGCCACCUCCUCCCAAAGUGAAAAUUCCCAGCAUCUUCGACUGGCUGCCUGGCGUGGACAGCAUGGAGAAAGAAAUGGGAAAGAUGAAGGCCAAGAUGAAUAAGCAGCUUGCGCCGUUGCAGAAAGGAAUGAAAGAGGUGUACGCAGGCUUGCGACAGCCCGAUUUCAACGCACCUCCGCAACUGGAAGGCAAUUCCAUGGCUGAGGUGAACCUGGUGGUUUUCUUCAUAGUUCUGAUGGUAACAGUUGCAACUUCUCUGGGCUAUUUGUUGGAGGUUCACGGUGAUUGCGGAGAGGCACAUCGCUCUCCUCCAUGGGCCACAGCCAUGUUGCUCAGCAGCUAUGCGUUGCUGGUCCCUGGCUUGACGCAAGUGAUUUUUAGCUUCAACAUUGUUGUGAAUGUUCUUGGGCACCGCAUUGACGUCCAACCGGAGAAGGGUCACGUUGCGUGUACCGAGACAAUCAGCGGCUUGGUGGAUCUAUUGGAACGCACUGGGUCCAGGACUGGUGCCGUGCUGAUCGUCCUCUAUGCUGUGGUGGUUCCCAUUCUGAAGCUGGUUCUCUUGGCCGUGGCUGAAGUCUUCAGGUACUCCCGCAUUCCUGGAUGUGUGAGCAUCUCCAGGAUCUGUAUCAUCCUGGUGCAAAGCAUCUCCAAGUGGGCCUGUCCAGACAUGUUCGCAUACAUUCUACUGGUGCACUUAGUGCGGCUGCUGAACAACGGUUCAUUGAUCUUGACGGCAGCGAAACUGGAUGUUGGUUUCUCUUGCUUCAGUGCUUUUUGUGUUUGCUCGACCAUCUCGUCCUUAGGCAUUCGCCUACCAGAGAUGCCGGGACAAAGUUCCAGGAAGAGCUACUGCCUGGGCAGUCCAGCGGUAUAUGCGUUGUCGAUGCUGCUGGCAGGAGCCUUUGUAUGUCUUUUUGCCGUGGGCAUUUACUUGCCAUGCAUGGCGUUGAGGAUCGACGAACGUCAGCUCUACCCACCCAAUGGGUCGGUGCCCUACAGCGCCAAACCCCUGGUGGAGUCGAUGGCCAUUCCGGAUCUCUUGAAGACAGACAUCAGCAUUUUUUCGUGCACCUCCUGGCUUCUGAGAGAAAUUGGCAACGGUGAAGCCAACAGUUUUUUUUCACUGGUGAUGUUUGGAUUCUGCGUCAUUGUGUUGACAACGGCUGAUGUUCUCUUUCUUUUCCUCGCAGCAAAGAGACUGUUUCAGAAGCAGGAUACGCCACUCAGAGAUCAAGGUCCUUGUCCCUUCUACCGGUGGGCGAAAAUUGUCCGCAAGCUGUCUAUGCUAGAUGUGUCCAUCAUGGGCGUUUACGUUAUCACUUUUUGCAUGGGCAUCUACAAGAAACAAGGCAUCGUAGUAUCAACUCGUGAAGGACCCGGGAGCUCGGUAGCCCUCAAUCUUUCUGAAAUUAUCGUCUAG